AGCCCAUUACCGUGAUCGCGUCCGUAAUCGCGUCUUUUUGCCGUUCUCGAUGUUCCGGUCUUAUGUGAAAUCGUGUCCCAAGGAGAUCGAAACAAUAAUCUCAUCGGAUUGGAAGUUUGAAACGGAAAAGUUCGUUUCGAAAUCCAAGUAUUGCUGGCCAAGAGAGUCGUUACAAUUUGAAAAGGCCGCUAAAAUCGUUUAAAAUACGAGCAAUUCGAAGAGCAGAAAAUAUAUAUCAAAAGAAUAUAUUUGGUUAGUGCUGUGUUUGAAAAAGAAAUUUAUGAAAAUGUUGAAUUGUUGUUGCCAUAGGUUUUAAAGUGUGCAAAGUGCAACUCUCUUUAAAUCAACGAAAAAUACAACGCGUCCAAAAAAAGAAUCGUAAAACUGAAAAAAGCAAACAAACAUAAAAAUAAGCUCUUCAACUAUGUUAGCCAAUCCAAGUUUGGCCAAAUAAACAACAGGCUGAGAUUGCUUCAUUCCUCGCUCCCCAAAAAUUGUAUCGCGGGAAUAUCUGACAUGACAAAAAAGUCGUUGGCGUUGAUAAGAUGCAUUAUCAGCGGGGAAGACGAAGAUGAAGAUCCGCAACAGCAACAGCAGCAAUUGAAAAGUGUUGAACAAGUCUACGAUAUGAUAACCUAAUUUCCUGCCAGGAAAAAGGCGAAAAAAAGGUUUUAACAAAAGAGAGAGACUCUUACAUACAAAGCAAAGUCAGUGAAAAAAGUAAACCCAAUCGAAACGAAAGUAAAAGAUUUCUUAAACGGGGCGUUCAUAUGUUUCAACGACAUUCGAGGGCGUGGCGAAGUCGAAGGCCCAAUAAACUGGCAAACAAACUAUAAACAACAGCGGAUACAAGAGCGAAGACUUGCUCAAAAAUUAUAAACAUUCGGAUUCGGGCGGAAAACAACGGCUCGAAAAACCCCUGCGAACCGAAAGUGGUGAUCUUUGAUGCGAAGAAACCUGCGCCUGGACUGGAGGGCCCUGGCGCUGCUGGGCGCCCUCCUCUCGUUCAUCAUCGCCUGGCCGGGCCUUGUCUUUGCGAUGCCCCUCAUGGCCAUGGAUAACUCGACAGACUCUUCUCUAUCCAUAACCAGCUCUAUAUCCACAUUCAAAUCCAGCACAUCCAGCGGCACGAACAAUAGCAAUCUGUUUAGUAAUAGUUAUCUACAAAGUGAUCAUAGUCGUAGUAGUUUAGUGCCGAGCGCAGUGAGUGAACGUAGUGUAAAUCAAACAACCGCAAAUCAAAGUAUUAAUGCUGAAUUUAAUCAGAGCCUAAGGACACCACAAUACCAAUCGCGAUCCCAGGAGGAGGACUCCGAUCAGCUGGAGGAGCCGCUGGGUUUCGUCAUCUCAGCGGUGCCGAAAGAGCACCUCGCCGUUUUGUCGCGUACCGAACGCAGCAUUCGUCACCAGAAUCAGCAGCAUCACCAUCAGCAGCAGCAGCAGAAGAAGCACCACCACCCACAAAAUCAUCAUCAUCAACAGUCGCCCGCUGACAAUAAUUUCAUUGGUUCGAAAUCGAAAAGACUGAGCAACCCUAGAAGUAAUCUAAACAUAAAUAGCAGUAGCAGUAGCAACACUCCCAUCAGCAAUCUGGACCGCAACGAGCGCUCCACGGUGCCCCAGUCCCAUUUGGCCUGGACAUCCCGCAAGAUCCAGUUGUACAUCAAAAAUCGCAUCCUUCAGAUAAUGCGAGAUGGCAUUGUCAACGGGACACAGGACGAGAAUAGUGAAUUCACGAUCCUCCAGCGCUCCACGGUGGAUGUGGGACGCAUCAAGCUGCAGAGUGUGGCCACUUGCCUGUAUCUGUGCAUGGACGCGUGUGGUGUUCCCUACGGCUCGAAAGACUUCACCGACGACUGCGUCUUCAACGAGAACAUGGGUCUGCAGAACUACAACACGUACUCCUCCACGUACCACUCGCAGGCGCGGCGGGUCUUCUACUUGGCCCUGAAUGGCAGUGGUCAGCCGAGGCGGACCCAGAUCCCCGCCAGCCGAUCGCUGGGCAAGCUGAGCACCUAUACGAACGCCAUCACGGAGACGGUGCCGCAGGAGAGGGUCGAGCAGCUGAUCGCCAAGAAUUUUGGGGCCAAUCGCGUUAAGCACGGCGUGCGGCAACUCUGUGAUACGGGCAAGCCGCUGAUCGAGCUGAUCGAUGUGGCCAAGUUUAAGGGGCCGCCACAUUGUAAUAGUAACACAAGUGGCAGUGGCAGCAGCAGUAGUAAAAGUAGCAGUAGCAGUUACGUUCCUGUGCCUGCGAUCAGCAGCCUGAGUAGUAUUAGUAACAGUAGUCAAAGCGAGAGCGGCCAUAUUAGCAGUAGCCUUAGCAGUAGCAGUAAUAUCAGUAGCAGUAGCAGUAGCAGUAGCCCUAGCAGUAGUGGUAAUAAGAAGGCCAAUAGAAAGAAGAAGCCCAGGUGCAAGCCGCACGAGCAGGAGGACACUCACAAUUGCCAAAAGCGAGGAGGCGGAGGAGGGGGAGGUGGACCAGGAGCCAUGCGAAAACUGGGGCCCAAGGCGCAGAGGUGCAAGGACCUGCGCGAAAAGGCGGCCGCCGAGAAGCGAGCUCCGCCCAAUUGUGGCAAGAAGAAUGGGGCCAAGAAAAAUCCCGUGGAGUUGGCCAAAGCGGUGCAGCAGCGAGCCAAGGGCAAUUUGCAGCCGGGUGGCAAGAAGAGGCCAAAUAAAUCCGGAAAACAGCGUCCAAAUGGUGGGAAAAAGCAGUCACAACAGCAGCCACAUCAGGCCAAGGCUGUUUCCGGUGGCAAGCGGAAGCACCGGAAGUUGGACGCUAGCUCCUCCACCACCACCACCAUGGCCACCAGCCUGGCCACGCCCCCCGGCAGCCACUGGGAGAGCAGCUCGCCCCUGCCCGCCCUCGCACUCAGCGAAACGAGCGAUCGGGUGGAGCGCAAUGUGCGCAUGAGCAGCGGCGAGGAUCAGGAUCACGAGGAUCACGAUCAGGAGCAGGACGAGGAGGAGGAGGAGACUGGCGAGGGUGACGUCGGGGGAUCCCUGGAGGAUGCCAGCUACGAGGACUCCAGCUCCGAGGCCCAAGGACGCAGUGGGGCAGCCGGCGACGAUUCGCUCUACUACGAUUUCGGACUGUUGUCCCCCCGGCGAUGAUCCACGAUCCCUGAUCCGAGAUCCAGGUCAAUGCCAGCCCCACUAAAGACGAUGAAUAUCAAUGUAUUACGACGGAGUCUCGAGUAUUUUAUAAGAACCUCUCAAGCCAACAAUUUGGAGUAUAACCAUCAUCGAAAUGUAUAAUAAACGCACGCCCAUCCAAUCAGAUAGAUGUAAAUUCGAAGCCAUAACCUUACGCAACACGAACGACCCGAAAGAGUCUAUUGAAAUACUUGAGUCUCUGUGGCGGAACUUUCACGUUCGGUUGACGAUGAAAAUACUCAAAAAUACGACCACACCGAUAAGUCUACCAGAAUCAAACUGAAAACUUGCAAAACGCUUUCCCAAUAUUGUAGAAAUUAAAUAUUGUGAAAAAUCGAAUAUGUCGAGGGAAUCCAUUUGUAAAUAGAUACGCGGUUUAGUCGUAAGAUCCAAUUUUUUUGUCUCCGCAUUGUCGAACCUCGCUGCCUCUCAGUGCGUAUUUAGCUUAAGCUCUGUAAAUCAAUUAUGAAUGCAAAUUUCACCACUUGGCAACUCGAGUUAGAAAUCCGAAUGCGAAACAAUAAAGCCAACGACACAUCGAAAACUAUUAAAAGUAAAAUAAAUGAAAAACGGAAUGCAAAACUCACAAAUCACAAGAUUGUAUUUUAAUUUACCAAUACUUAUGAAACUAACAUGUAAUAUUAAUUUAUUUGAUCAACGAGAGAUAAGCGUGAAAUUAUAGUUUGUAGCUUUAAAGAUGGAGUUAUUUAUUUAUUUGAAAAUAUUUAUUUAUAAACUACUUUUAAGACGCUUAGGCCCUAGACUAACAAAACUUUGUUAUAACUUAAUGCAUUAAACAAACAUUUUCCAGAUAAAAGAGUAAAUGAUCCAUGAAAAAAGCAUGAGAAAAACGUGAAAAGCUAAACUAAAAAAAUAAAAUUAAAAGUACAUUAAUAUCAAAUUGAGAAUGUGUUUUAGUCGAAAUGGUAAGGUCUAUAUCCAAUAUACUGGGUUUUCUGCAUGAAAUUGAACUAUAUUUAGCAUUUUGCACGUUGCCCGAGUUAAAUCGAAUAAAUUUACAAAAUUGUCACAAUUCACUCACUUAAUUUUUGGCAUGGUUUUCUGUAAUGCAGUUUCAUCCCCAAACCCCCUCUAUAAUAUUCUGUGCCCUUUACAGCCUAUGCCUGCAGCUGAUCGCCCUGGCUUUGCUCCAGACUCGUGUCAUCCUGUAAGGGGAUCCUUCGAAAUAACGCCGAAACCUAUUUGGACCACCGAUCCACACAACAAAGCUAAAGUUCCUGAUCUUUAAGAAUAAGAGUUCUACAUUUAAAACUACAAGUAGCUUUUAAUAAUUCGCAUUUACCAUUUAAGACUGAAGAAAGAACACAAACUACUGUAAAUAAAUUAAAGUAUUCUUAAAGCUAA